AUGUCGGAGCCCAAGUCUAAAGCAGACUUCAACAACAAGGACACUACCACUACUAGCGAGAAACCAGUGCAAGACAGCAACCAUGUUGAUGCUAGUACUGAGAAUAAGGAUAAGUCCUCCAAGAUGACAUCCUCUCCUGUGCGGGAUCGUGAUGUCAAGAGAUCGAGACGGCACAGUCCAGUAACCGUUGGUCCCAGUGCAUGCAUCCCUGAUGUAUCCAAUGUUGAUACCCCCUUGCUACCCAUUCUCUCGGACGUGAAACUACCAGACCCCAAGGACACCGACGUUGAUCCCGAUGAGUACUUGCUCCUCCUCGUCAAGUCUCUCUACGGAGUGCAGCUCAAAGUGUCGCCGGCACUCGAUUUGGGAGACGACUAUUUCAAGCCAGUCACGCCAGAACAACAGGCGGCCUACACCAUGGAAGUGCUCACCCCGGCCAGGGACAACAAUGUGGACGCCCUCAAGGAGAUUGUGGCCAAGAAGGGAUCUCAGGCUGUCAACUGUGUCAACCGCUUUGGAGAAUCGCUCUUGAACUUGGCAUGCCGUCGUGGAUUCACUCAAGUGGCAGAGCUUCUACUCAGCGAUGACAUUGGCAUGGACGUGAGGAUGAAGGACGACUUUGGAAGAACGCCAUUCCAUGAUGCCUGCUGGCAUCCCACUCCACUCUUGGAGAUUUGUGGCUGGUUGAUACAACGAGACCCGUCUCUCUUGCUGGUGGCCGACAAACGAGGAUGCACGCCGUUCAUGUAUGCCCGUUCGAACGAUUGGCCCGCCUGGAGGGAAUUCCUCUUUGAGAACCGCGAUGCGUUGCAGCUACUGACGGAACCAGCAACGCUGAAACGCUUCUGCUGA